AUGUCCCUAUUUCUCUGCGCGCCGGAUGUGUUUGACGAGGCCCAUAAUAUCGACAACGUCUGCAUCGAGGCUCUGAGCAUUGAUAUUACUGAAGACUCCUUGCGAAAAGCAAGUCGUGGUGCAAACAAUUUGGAGCGCAAAAUAGAUGAAAUGAAAAGGUCAGACGCAGAUAAAUUACAAAGGGAAUACGAAAAGUUGGUCGAAGGACUGAGGGAAGCCGACCAGGCUCGAGAGGAGGAUCAACUCAUGGCCAACCCCGCGUUGCCUGAUGACUUACUUAAAGAAGCGGUGCCAAGAAAUAUCCGGAGAGCAGAGCACUUUGUUGCGUUCCUGAAACGUUUUAUCGAGUACCUGAAAACCCGCAUGAAACGGAAGCCAUUGAGGUUUUGUGCAGAGCGUCUCACAUCACUCGUUCGAACGUUAGAAUUGAUGAACAUCGAGGAUUAUCAACCUCUUCAAGAGGUGGCAACCUUUGCAACUCUCACUGCUACCUACGAAAAGGGGUUUCUCCUCAUACUAGAGCCUUUCGAGUCAGAGGCGGCAACGGUCCCAAAUCCUAUCCUUCAUUUCACUUGUCUAGAUGCAGCGAUCGCAAUUAAACCUGUUUUUGACAGGUUUAGUUCCGUUAUCAUCACGUCGGGCACACUCUCCCCUCUCGAGAUGUAUCCCAAAAUGCUUGAAUUUACAACUGUGCUCCAAGAAUCAUACAGUAUGACGUUGGCUCGGCGCUCCUUUUUACCAAUGAUUGUCACCCGUGGCUCUGAUCAGGCGCAGAUAUCGUCUUCAUUCCAGAUUCGUAACGACCCUGGUGUUGUUAGGAACUAUGGAAAUUUGCUUCUGGAAUUUUCUCGCAUCACGCCUGAUGGGAUAGUAGUGUUCUUCCCAUCCUAUCUUUAUAUGGAGUCUAUUAUCAGGAAUUCCGUAUCUGAAAGCUUCGGCCUGACGUUUUUUCGCGAGACUAUCGGGUACGAGAAAACGACUUUCUCUCGUUCGACGCCAUGCGUCACGCUGCACAAUGCCUUGGGCGUGUGCUUCGAGGAAAAGACGAUUAUGGAGUCAUGGUCCUGGCUGACCGCCGUUUCCAAAAGAAAACGGAACCAGCUUCCAAAAUGGAUUGCUCAGAAUAUGCUAGAAAGCGAAACAAAUCUCAGUACAGAUAUGGCCGUGGCGACAGCUAAAAACUUUCUUCGGACCAUGGCACAGCCGUUCAAAAAUAAAGACCAGGAAGGGAUCUCCACGUGGAGUUUGGCUGAUCUGGAACGCCAUGUAGCUAAACAAAAAGGUGAAGCAGCGAAAAGGGAUCAGGAGGCACAGCAGCAUCAAAAUAUGCUGGCUGCUACUAAUGGUGCCCAUGUCGGGAAUGGGGAUAUGGAAAUGUACGAUGAUGUUAUGGACGAGGAUCUAAUUAUGAUGGAUGCCGAAUAG